AUGGCUGCGAACAUGAAACUCAUAUUGUCUACAUCUAAUGUUAUGUCCUCUGGGCAGUCUGUCAUGCGCCGACCAAUCUAUUCGAAAUCUAAUGUCGAGCUCGUGAAUGGCUUGCGCGCCAACUUCUCACUCUAUCAGCAUCAUUUCUCCUCAUCAAACAAUCCCUCAAAUGCAUACAAGCAGUGGACAACGCAGGAAGACAACACUCUCUUUGUUCCGGUUUUGCGACCUCAGACUCUGUCCGAGCCACGAGAAUCGUAUGACAUUACUGUCAAACUUUUUUAUCUGCCAGGCAUCCCGGCUUCAAGAAGAUGUAAACAUACAAGAGAGGCUAUCGAUCUGGUUCUGAAAGAGCUCGGAGUUCAGAGUGUUGAUCUUCUAAUAGUUAGCUUUCCAGGAGUCAGUUUCGAUGCAGAUGACGAUGGCGAAGAAGAGAUGUCCGAAGAUGAGAGUGCCAGUGCUGACAGCGAUGACUCGCAAGGUCUAGAUGCACAAGUCAAGUCGUGGAAAGUGUUAGAGGACUACCAUUCUCGUGGCAUAAUAUCUCAGCUGGGUCUCUCCGAGUUCAGCUCUGACAGGCUCGACAAAUUCUUACCGGAGGUUUCCGUGCGGCCGACAGUUGAUCAGAUCAAUGUGAAAGACUGCUGCGUGGUGCCAAAGACUCUGAUCAUGUACGCCAAGAAUAACAAUAUCGAGCUGUUGACGCACAAUGAUUGCAUGGAUAUCCUUCCAUGUGGCACCACUCGUGAGCUUCUAGGACCAGGUGAUGGAGGUGCACAUAUUCUAGCCUCCAACCCUGACUCACCGGACUCGGAACCAGGACUAAAGGGUAACAUUGAACCUCAGUGGGUCAUCAAAUAUACAGCUGUCGUCAAAGACCGGGGUGUGGUAGAGAACAAGGGCUAUUUCGCCAUGGCCCAACUCGGUGAAAGUGAGGACGGCCUACCCUCGAAGUCGAAGUGCUGA